GGUUAUGGUACGUACCCUUUCCCAUUUCGUGAAGCGCCAUCUAUCAAUUGACCGUUAACUUCCUCCCUCCAUUCCAAAACGCAAACAACAACCACAUUCAGGUGUCAAUCAGAAAGCAUGGAUCUUGUGGAAGUGAUGUCUAAUCUCCAUGCCUUGAGACAAUUAUAUGAACUCCUUCAGAACAUCGAAGAUGAUCUGCAACAUAUAAAUUCAAAGAAUGUACACCAAACUUUGGAUCUGAAAGCGCGAAAACUCUUCAGACACCUCUUGGAUGAUGCUACUGAGAAAAUGUUCCAUACUCAAUCAAAGACCAUAGAAGCAGAGUCAGUUGUCCAGACGACACCCAGCUCUUCUAAACUAGAGCAACCAAAGCCAAUGCCUAAGUUGCAAUCUCCUCUUUCACCAGAUGCAGUCAAUUCUUCUCUAAAUGUUGUCCUGAGCAAUGAAAAGGAUUCUAAAAGCAGUGUAAUCACUUCAAAAAAGGAUGAGCAGUAUCCAGUGAAGCGUCAGAGUGCAAUUUUCGGGUCUAAAGUAAGCACCUCAUCAGACGUACCUCAAUACAAAAAGAAACGGUGCCGCGCCUGCAUAGCAAAAGAAAUGAAGAAACAGUACUCAACCAAGGAGGCAACGAUGUCCAAUGAGAGAGCCGAGGUACCAGGCAAAAACAGUGGGGAUCAAGAUCAGCAACGUGACUGGGGCAGUGGCAGUGUCAGUUGUGUUGAUGACCAAGCUAAAAGAUUACAAGAAUCCAAUAGCAAGACCAUAGAGAGAGAGAACUCUAUUGGUGAGACUCUUCCUUCAUCAGUCUCUUUAACAACCGGAGCCGGCAAGCAAGAAGUUGGGUAUAUCCCAAUUGGUCAAAUGAAGAAAAAGUUAGAUGAGGGUAAUGAUUUCGCUAAAGUGGUAACAAAUGCAAUCAGAGAAAUUGAGUUCUGCAUUUUGGCUUUGCAGUUGAGUUCUGAUUUAGCACAUUCUGCUAUCGAUAAUGAUGUUGAUGAACAUGUUCCCUUCAAGCUUGGCAUUUCAGUUAGUCCUGUAGAACACAGAAAAGAAGAGGAGGCCGUUACCAGACAAGAGCUGAGUCAUACUCAUAUGGGAGAGUCUUUAUUGGGGGGAGCUGGUACAAGUCAGCUGUCUCAAAAGCAUGGGAAGUUUGCUGAAUCUGUUUCUAGGGGACAAGGCUCCCCACUGGAAAACUAUAUGAACAGAUAUGAAUCUAUGAGUCGAUCAGCAAGUCAGAACAAUAAUAAGAUGGCGAGUUAUAUUAACGGGCUAAGAGUCUCACCGAUUCCAAAUGAGGUAAAUAUGAAGCCUCCUCUGCAGUUGAAGACCCUUGCUACCCCUGUUCAAAAAUCCGAGACCAGUCUAGUUCUAAAUCGAAUAGCUAAAAACGGGACUUCGAGAUAUAAUUCGUCCACGGUAUCUUCAGUUGGAGGUGGGCUUGGUAGAAAGUCGAGUCAGAGGACAAGAAUCAAGAAUGAAAAGAGAUAUGAUCAAACAAUGAUGAAGCCAGUAUUUUUAGAUCUACAUUCAGUUGCAUCCAGUGCCAAUGCCAUGCACAGCACACGAUAGUAUACAACCAAACAGUAAGCAAACCAUUAGGCAUAUCUGCUCUCAUAAAACUUUUCUCGAUUAGAGUUAUGCAGCCCACAU